AUGACGUCACAACUAACGAAAUCCACUUCACCAUCUGAAAAUGGUAGACUUGGUUUUCCGAUGAGUGAUUCUACGGUAGCGUUUUUGCCAGGAAAAUUUGGCAAAGAAAAAUCAACAACAGGAACCUGGUGUGCUAACCCCAGACUUGUUUUGGCCAUUGUGACCGUUAUUAUUCUUCUGUUAGCAUUAGUUAUUGUUCUUAUAAUUUUGUUGACUGUAAACAAAUCAAAAGGUACUGUUGAGACAAAUGGCCAGCAGUCAUCCAGCUGUUCCCUUUCAAAGGGAGCAAAACGCAUUGGCUUGGGCUCAUUUCUUAACGAGCUUGAACGGAGAUACUACGAGUUGAUGCCGGAAAAAAUCGGUUUUAAGACCGAUGUCACAACAGACGAAGUUCGUAAACAUUACAGGCCUUACGAUCCUCACCCGAACGCCAUCAAGAACUUCACCGACCAGGUCCGAAAGCUUUACGACAGGCUGGAGGUAAUACUCGGGAAGGCGAAUGGGUCGUUAUUAACUAUGCGCGAAAACAAGGGAAUGUAUUUAGCGCAGUUCUUGUUGAGGAAUUCUUUCGACUGGGGUCCUUACCAACGAGAUUAUUACGCUGGUGACUGGAUGUUUGAGCCGAAUUUAUACUGCUGGCAACCGAUAUGUGACAUUCUAACAAACUUAGAGAAAGUGAUUUUAAGGUUUCAGCCAAAAAACCUCGCUGAAAUGGAAGCAAUUGAAGAACUUCUGAAAAAGCAUAAUGAUACUAUUUCACAGUAUAUUGAGAAUCUGAAAUUGGGCGUGGCCACUGGCAUGGUUCGAUCCGUGAGAUCUUGUAAGGCCGGUAUCAACGCUCUAAAGAGAAGGUAUUACGAUGUGGCAGUCAACAAUGCUUCAGGUAAGUGUGGGAGGCAAUUUUUAUCUCACUCCUUUAACUAUUAUUCACUCAGAAUUUUAAUAAGGGACACACCAAUGUAACGCCAAUAUUUCCAACUACUUUUUAGUCUUUGGAUCGAUCGGAGUCAUCUAGUUCGAUCAUUCCCAUCUAUUGAAAGCUAUUAAUCAGAUGUAUUUUUGCUUAUUUAACAAUUAUUAUUCCUCGAGCGCGAAUGGGCUCUGAGUCAAUAGCCCACGAGGCCUGACUCAGAGGCCAUGAGGGCAAGAGGAAUAAUUACCAAUUAAUCUAUGAGGCUGAGUAGGAUAUGAGGAAUUAAGCAGAUCGAGGAGGGUGUUAUCCACGGAGGCCGAAGGCCGAGGUGGAUAACAUCCUCCGAGAUCUGUUUAAUUCUUCAUAUCCUACAAAAGCCGAAUUCAUUAAUUGCUUUAUUAUUCAUUCAAAAUAAUUCCUAGUUUAAAAACAUAGCUAAAACAUGCUUACCUGUUAAGUUUAUCUUCGAUAGUGUACGUGUAGGUUUGUCCAGCUCCGCAAAUAUUCUCCAAAUAGCAGAUGUCGCCCUCCGAGUUGUCUUCUUGCUGUUUUUGCUAUGUUUUUAGCCAUUAGUUCGCCUAGUUCCAGCGUAGUUUUUACUCUUGAAACGAGUGAAGUGUUUUCACAACAAAAACAACUCAACCUCGUCCCCAGGUCUUGUCGGUUAACGGUGCAUUAACUUGUAGAAGGCUGCAUUUUUGACGUAAUUUCCUCGUUAAACACAAAAUUCUUCCAAAUUUGGUCAUCAGUAACUGGUUAUGGUGAAUUAUGCGUGUCAGAAUUGGGGAAAUAUUUUGAAUGAAUAAUAAUUGUUUUUAAUUAGUAAAAUCCAACUAGUUGGUCAAAAAUAUCGAGACAAAACAACUUUAGCUAAUUAAAGCUAGACUUUAAUCCUUUUUUUCUGCCAAAAGUCGGCGCUUAUCACUACUGGUGAGCUAUAACAUAUAGCCUAGUAGUAGCUCAGCAAAGCAGAAAGCUACCGAGCAGUACUUUCCUGUGGUGCUGACGCAGUACAAGGUAGUUUUAACUUUGGAGUUUGUCGUUGACGUACUUAAGCCUAACCAUUCAAAUGAACGUUAUAUUACUGAGCAUUACACUCUCCUGUUGUGAUAUAUCUAUAAUCCUCCGUACAGUUAAGGUGGUUCUACUAACGUCCUUUUAGUCAGUAGAUGAAAUCUGCUUGAACUGUCAUGAUUUGAUGGGUUUCUCAAUAUUUCGCGAAGUAUAAUUUUGAUUGAUAUUUAAAAUAAAAAAAAGAGAGACUUGAGCAGACUUGGCAAAAUAACGCUUUUUAUAGCAGCGUGGCUAUUAAAUAGUACGGUAGCAUUUUGGGGUUCGUCAUAGACAAUGGAAUCGAAAUUGUAAUCCGUUUUUUCAUAAAUGAUGAUAUCCUUUCUUUAUUCUUAGGUAUUCUCAACGAGGGGGUAGCCAUAUCAAUUCUUGCUGACAGCUUCACUGCCAAAAUUACCCAGGACAUGAACAGCACGUGGUACGAGAGACGACAAGAGAGCGUACGCACCUCCCUCAAAAGAUUUUUAUUGCUUUAUCUGGGGGAACCACUGCACAGACUUUUGAGGUUCGUGAGCGCUUUGAUAAUCAGACAUUACGAUUAUCAAAAAAAAAACUGAUCUUGACGGAAAAAAGAGUCCGCUGUUGGGACACUGUACAGUGAAACCCUGCUUAACGUACACUCGCUUAAUUAGGACAGUUUGCUUUGUCCCUGGGGACAUUUUCUCUAAUUUCAAUCCGCUUGAUACGACCUGCCUCGUACCCAGACGUCUCUCUCUCUCUCUCUCUCGAUGAAAAUGUGCGCGCAAGAAAAGGCGGGAAGGAGACAACUGUACCCUUCCCAUGGUCCCUUGCGGUUCAUCACCAGUGAAUCACGUUUCGCGCUCGACUCUACCAUGCGAAAAACGAAGCGCCUGAGUAGGAAGCUGGGGUUUGACUGUAUAACAGAAAAAAUUUCUUCAACACCGAAAAUUUCUUGAAAGUUACGCAGGGCUAUCGGGCCCAUCGGGAUCCCUUCAUCUUAGAUAUUUGUUGUUAUUCGCAGCCUCGUUUUGGUGAGGCGGCAAAAUGUCGCGCCAUGUAAGGGAAGCCAUGAUCCUGGGCUUUGGAAAUCCCGAGUACAGCUCAAGGAAUCUAGAAUCCCACUAAGGGUAGAACUCAGAAUCCAGAAAGACUUUAAUCUAGUACCUGUAAUCCGGAAUCCACGGUUUGGAAUCCAGAAUCCAAGACUGUAUUGGAUUCCCUCACAUGGAGCGGAAAAUGGUCCUAUAAAUCGGGGGUAGAUGGUAGCCCUGAUCGCGGCCGAGUAUGAAUGGCCUCUCGUAUCUUGCGCGGACGAAAUCAUGUGGUUUUCCAGGCCAAUAAUAACGAUCUCGAUCCUCUAUGUUUCUUAGUAAUCAUGCCGAAGCAAAUACCCCGAUGCUUCACAUUUUCACUAAAAUCGUCUGGCAUGGCUAAAAUUCCAGCAUCGGGUGUGGGUAAAGAAUUCCGUUUCAACUCAAAUUGUUGCCUAGUAUCUACUUUGUCUUGGUUUCUACUUCAGUGCUUGCGAAAAUUCCCAAAACUGACAACUGUAAUUUUUCAACGACUAACACACCCGUGCACCAAAAGCCUUAUUAAACUAAGGCACAAGCUUGGUUCGACAAACCAGGCUUACCAGGCUUGUGUAACGAAUGUGCAAAAGCCUGAUUAACCAGGGUAUUUUCUGGUAAUUCUUAGUAAGCUUGGUUAUUUAUUCUAACAACCAGGAAACGGCCAUCAUUUAACCAGCAGGCUCUAAAUGUACAAAAUGAACAACGCUCACCACGCUCAUAACCCGAGUUAUUUAAUGCAGUAAUAACUUCUCCGUCUGUGUCUCGUUACAGAUACCUUGAAACAGAACAUCUGAAGUACUGUUAUGAAGAAGCAGACGGGAUGGCAAAAUUACCGCUGAAGUCUGUUUACAUUAACGGCUUCCCAGAUCGUGCCCGUGCAACGAGUGGGAAAUUGCCAAAUGGUGACGUCAUAAACGCCACUGAGUCUUAUACCAAACUGUUGUCUUUCUUUACAAGUGGAGUUAUAUCACCUGAAAAACUUCGACAAAUGGGUAACAAAAAACUGAAAGAUCUACUCGAGCAGGUUAGAGAA